AUGCGUGACAUUUUGCUGAUGCUUGCGCUCGUUGUGCUCAUUAAGUGCUUGCUUGCUUUGCUCAUGCUCGUGGUUGCUGAAGCACUCACAACACAGCAAAUCCUUGUGCGUUGCUUGCUACCCUCCUCCCUUCAUUGUGUGUGCAGCUUUGGUGUGCUCAUGCUUGUGGUGAUCACCGGUCGCGGCCCCCGUUCUUCCGAGGGUGAAAAGAACGGCCACAUUCUGCGAUGGGUAUGCCUCAGCUACCCUCCUGUCGUCCCACAAACUCUUCUUGCCAACUAUGCACCUCAGGUGGAGGAUUGCGUUUCGUCCAACAACCCCACCCUCCUCAAGGACCAGGACAUGGACGCCCCGGAUGAUGCUGUGCUGCGCCUGGCCCAGCUGGCUCUGCGCUGCACUGUGCAGUGCACUGCAAGCCGGCCCAGCAUGGCCACCAUUGCCAACGAGCUGCAGGGAAUCAGGCACGAGGUGGUGGGGAAGGAGGUGCUGAGUGCAGCGGUAAAGGUGGAUGAGCAAGCAGAGGGGGUGCAAAGUGGAACGUCGUAUCCGAAUAACUUGGCUGCAAUGUUGGAAGCUAUUAAGAGCAUGGAGGAAGAGUCUACUGGGGAGCAAUCAGGUAUCAUUUGA